AUGUCAGACCCGUUUGAAGAGUCUCCGUGGGGCGAUCAGGUGUCGCUGUCCAACCAUAACUCGUCUGGAGCCUCGUCGUUGCACAACCAGGAUGUGGCUGCCGGUGACGGUGGUAGGACGGCGGCGUUUGGAGCUGACGAAAGUGAGGGGCUUGGUUUGAAGACUGAUGGUGAGAAUGCUGGAAAACAGGACGAAGAAGAAGGAGAAGAAGGAGAACAGCACAACUCACGGGUGAACGAAUUAAGUUCAGGAAACGAGCAUGGAAUUGGUAGUAGCAGUUCAGGAGCGACGACUUCGGCGAUGGCCGCUGCUGGGUUGCUCGAUGAUGGUGCGGAAGAUGACCACCAACCAUUGUCGAGUUCAAAGAGCAAGUUUGCAUCUUCUUCGUCGACACCUUCAGCAGUAUCAGACAUUCGAACCCCAGAACGACAUCAUGGCAAGACCCGAGUCACUCCCAGAAGACUGGCCACUAGAUCCAGGAAAAUCACCCAACCUGUGUUCACAGAAGAGGCUUCUAACGACCCAUUGGGCCCUCUUGGACCUCUUGGCCCAUCAAAUGGCGAUGAUAGCGAGAGUACAAGUAGUAAUAAUGGCGGUUCAAAGGGAGGAGCACCGGAUUCAGGUGCCGGUAGUAGAAUAGGAAGAACAGGCAAUUCUGGCGAUUUGGAUGAUUCAAAUGAUACAGACGGAGCGUCAAUGAUAAGCAGUCGUCUGGCUUCGACCAGUUUAUCACCCACAAAGGACAGAAGUGUUGCUGGUGGGUUUGCCGGGGCCGGGGCUGGGAUUAGUGGUGGUCAACAGGGAGAGUCAGAUAUUGGAGCCGGGUCGGGGCCAGGCUCUGCUUCGUUGUUCCAGGACGUGCCAUUAAACUAUCCAUCGUCAGAAACAGAUAACAGCAGUUCACAUGCUGUAGUUGGCGGUGCUGUUAAUGCUGGCAGCGGGUCAUCAGGAGCGAGUCCCGAGUUCCAAAUCACAGUUGGAGAUCCAAUUAAAGUAGGAGAUAUCACAUCUGCUCAUACUGUAUACACAGUUCAUUGUAAGACAACGUCACCAAACUUUUCGAAAUCAGAGACAGCAGUUACUCGUCGAUACAGAGAUUUCCGAUGGGUAUUCCAUGCUCUAGAACAUAAUAAUCCCGGGGUUAUCAUUCCACCGCCACCAGAUAAACAGGCUGUGGGACGAUUUAAUGAGGAUUUUGUGGAGCAACGACGAGCUGCGCUGGAGAAUAUGUUGAAAAAGAUGGCAGCACAUCCGAUUCUGAAGAACGACCCGGACUUGAGACUGUUUUUGGAAUCGGAAGCGUUUUCAAACGAUAUCAAGAACCGGGUAAUGAGCAGCGAUGAAGUGGAUGCUGCUACGUCGAUAGCUACGAGCACCGGAGGUGGGUUUAUGGGGACAUUAGGAGGAGCAUUUUCGUUUUCGGCCAAGUUUGUGGAAACAAGCCAGUGGUUUAUUGAUAAAAAGGAGUAUUUAGAUUCUUUGGAGUCACAAUUAAAGAGUCUUGCCAAAGCAUUAGACCUUGUAGUGAGCCAGCGACGCGAAUUGAGCGACUCGACCGGCGAGUUUGCACUAGUAUUGGAAGCCCUGGCUGAUGUGGAGAUAUCCAAGUCGCUGUCGCAGUUAUUAGUGGCGUUUUCCGAGUCUCAAACGCGGAUCCAGGAUCUAUACUCACGACAAUGUUUACAAGACAUUCUGUCCUUGUCUACGACUAUUGACGAGUACCUUCGACUCAUCUCAUCUGUCCGAACAGUGUUUCUCCAGCGACAAAAGGCGUAUUUUGCAGUACAAUCAGCCGAACAAGAGCUCGGUAAGAAACAAACACAUCUGGAAAAGCUGCUCAGACAAGGCAAGACCUUACAAGACAAGAUCUCUGCUCUUGAACAAGAAGUCGACGCCCAAGAAAAGAAAGUGCUCAACCAACGAGUGGCUUUUGACGAUAUGUCCAAACGCAUCGUAGUCGAAUUCGACCGUCUCGAGCACGAACGCAUCCACGACUUCCGCAACUCGGUCGAACUGUUCCUCGAAAACGCCGUCGAAUCGCAAAAAGAGGCCAUCGAGGUCUGGGAAACCUUCUACCAACGGUCCUUUGUAGCUACUGCCUCUUCCUAA